CCCGCCUACUACCGACUCAUCGAGGAGUGUGUGUCGCAGAUAGUGCUGCACAGGAAUGGCGUCGACCCGGACUUCCGGCACACGAAACGGUUUAAGAUAGAAGUGGAUUACGUGAUCGACCACAUCGUCGAGAGAUCCAAAGAGGAGGACCUGAAGGUCAGCUCAGAGUUGAACAAAAAGCUGGAGGAGGCGCUCACCGCCAAAGAGGAGGCGGAGGCCAAACUGCAACAGUUGCAGACACGCCUCCAACAGCUCGAGACCGACACCGCGUCUAACAAAUCGAGGCCCAACCCCGCCAUACCUCCCCCGCCUCCCAUGCCUGGAAUGGGUGGAGGCCCUCCCCCACCACCACCCCCGCCACUACCGCCAAUGUCUGGCGGACCCCCGCCGCCGCCACCACCUCCCCCACCAAUGGGUGGAGGACCGCCUCCACCACCCCCUCCGCCCGGUAUGGGUCCACCACCACCGCCACCCCCGCCCGGCAUGGGUAUGCCUCCGCCCCCACCCUUUGGUUUAGGCCUCCCAAUGCCCAAUGCGAACGCCAAUCAAAUAGAGUUCCCGUACGAUAUUAAACGCAAGAAAUACGAGCCAAAGACACCGCUUAAGAAACCCAAUUGGAAAAAGUUAACGCCAACCAAAGUCUGUGAGGACUCCAUUUGGGUGGAAGUCAAGAGUGACGACCAAUUCCUUGGCGAUGAUGUGUUCGACUCAUUGACACUCCAUUUCUCGUCGGAUCCAAAGGCAAGAAUGGCUCAGAAGGAGGUCUCGAACCCGAGUGAGAAGACACAGACCGCCAAAAAGACUAAAGAACUUAAGGUUAUAGACCACAAGACGGCACAGAAUUUAAUGAUUUUGUUGAGAUCUGUGGGAAUGUCUGCCGAAGAGCUGAAAAAUCAUAUAUUUUCGGUGAAUGAGGAGGACUUAAGCGAAACAAUUUUGCAACAAAUACUUCGAUACCUUCCGCCACAGGACCAGCUCUUAAGGCUCGAGGAGUCGCGCAAUGAUAUUGAGUCCUUACACGAAGCCGAGAGAUUCGCGCUAACCUUGGGAUCCAUUAAAGGAUUAGUAAAGAGACUGAACGCCAUAUCAUUUAAGAUGAAGUUUUGUGAAUCGGUUCAAGACAUAAAGCCGGAUGUAGUGAACGCCACCACCGCUUGCGAAGAGGUCCGGAAGUCGGCCAAGUUUUCACUGAUUGUGAAGUUGGUUCUGGCGAUCGGGAACUUCAUGAACGCUGGCUCUCGAAACGCGCAGUCAAUUGGUUUUGAGAUCAGUUUUCUGCCAAAACUGAGUUCCACUAAAGCGGCCGACAAUAAGACAACGCUUUUGCACUUUUUGGCCGAAACUGUGGAACAGAAACAUUCCGAUUGUCUCAACUUCUGGGAGGAGAUCAUUCACUGCGACAAAGCGGCCAGAGUAUCACCCGAACAAACCCAGAAGAAUUUAAGUGCAAUGCGAAAGAGUAUCAAUGAUUUAGAAUUAGAUCUCAAGAACUUUAAGCCAUUGAACAGUGAGGACAAGUUCGGAGACAUUAUGUCGAAGUUCUUGGUUGAGGCCAAAGAGAAGUUCCAACUCUUGGAGCAGAUGUUCAGUAAAAUGGAAAGACUUUUCAAAGAGAUCUCCAGAUAUUACGCGUUCGACCCCAAGAAGUAUACGAUGGAUGAGUUCUUCACUGAUAUUAAAUCAUUUAAGGAUCAGUUCAUUGAAGCGAAGAACGAGAACAUCAAGAAGAGGGAAAUGGAGGAGAAGAUGAGGCGCGCAGUGAAGGCCAAGGAGUUGGCGGAACAGGAGAAGCUCGAGAGGAAGUCGAAGCGCGUGAACCUGGAUAUCGGCAAAGACCAGGACGGGGUGAUGGACAGCCUUCUCGAGGCAUUACAGACGGGCUCCGCAUUCGCACAAACCAAACGUAAACGCCAACAAAGACCUCUUAAUCCAAAUGAUCGACGCCAACAACUCAAUAGGACCCGUUCCCGCAAUUCAUUGGAAAACACACUGCUGUCCACUACGCCUAACACUAGAAAAUUACAAUAUUAAUGAUACCGACUGUUGUCUACCGUUUGCAAAGUGAAUCACUGUUUCUGUGAUUGUAGUGUCAAUUGUUAUGUCAUAAACAUGGUGUGCCUUUCCAUUCACAUCGCAAGCCUGUGCUGAUUACCAUAAUAUUCUCAUUAAUUAUAACCUAUUUUUGAUAUAUUUGUACAAAACUUCAAUCCAAUUAUAAUACUUAGCGAGCCAUGAGUACAUUGGUGAUCAACAAAUGGAAACCCAUUGAAUCCUUGCAUAUAAUAUAGAAAUACAUUUGAAAAAAAGUUUUAUUAAUUAUUAAAUUUAUAUAUUUAUAUAAUCUAUUAAAUUAUUUUUCCACAAAUGCAUUUUAUCUAUACUUACUACCGGUAUAUAUACAGUACAGUACAC